GCUCUGGGAGCGUGCGUGUGUGUGUGUGUGGGACGUUGACACGUAACUUCGUCCGUUUCGUUGACGUGACCAGGCAGGACACCUCCACCUGGGGCAGGGAGAGCAGAGAGAGAGAGAGAGCACUUUUCUGGCCCCCUGUCCCCAACCAAAAUCCGUCUUAUUCGGAGCAUUUUGUAACAUGGAGGCGAGAGACGCGACUGCAGGUGCUCUUGUGGGCAGCGAUGGAGAGGAACAAACCACAAAGAAGGAUGCAGCUCCUCAAAAAGCCCAACCACAGACCGGAAGCAAGAUGGAGAAGAUCUUUGGGUUCAGGAGGGAAGACCUGACCUCUUGGAGGAGCCUGGUAGUCCUCCUGAACCGUCCCACUGACCCUGCGUCCCUGGGCAUCUUUCGCUGCUUGUUUGGUUUGCUGAUGGCGAUUGACGUCACACAGGAACGUGGCCUCAGCCACCUGGACUAUAAGUACCUGGAUGGUGCCCCUGUGUGCCGCUUUCCCCUCUUCAACUUCUUGCAGCCACUGCCACUGGAUUGGAUGUAUCUGGUGUACGUGGUGAUGUUCCUCGGCGCCUUGGGCAUCAUGCUUGGCUGUUUCUACCGUCUGUCCUGCCUCAUGUUCAUCUCGACGUACUGGUACAUCUUCUUCCUGGACAAAACAGCCUGGAACAAUCACUCGUACCUCUAUGGUCUCAUCGGAUUUCAGCUCACGCUCAUGGAUGGCAACAGAUACUGGUCAAUCGAUGGGUUGCGGAGGCCUUCUAUCAGAAAUGCUCAUGUGCCUCUAUGGAAUUACACUGUACUGAGGACACAGAUAUUUAUUGUAUACUUCAUCGCUGGAGUCAAAAAGCUGGAUGCUGAUUGGGUUGAGGGAUACUCAAUGUCAUACCUGGCAAACCAUUGGCUGUUUGAUCCUUUCAAAGUGAUCCUUCCUGUGGAGUUAGUAAACCUGUUGGUGGUGCAUGGAGGUGGUCUUGCUCUGGAUCUGAGUGCUGGCUACCUGCUGUUUUUUGAUGUCACGCGACCUUAUGGAUUUUUCUUUGUCUCGUACUUCCACUGUAUGAACUCCCAGCUCUUCAGCAUCGGGAUGUUUUCCUACACGAUGCUGGCCACCAGUCCUCUGUUCUGCUACCCUGACUGGCCAAGAAGAUUUUUCGGCCGUUUCCCAGCAUUCCUGAGGGUGGUCCUGCCGCUAACCUCACCGGACCCCCAGCCCAGUAGUUCCUGUGUUUACAACGAGAUCCACAGCACCAGCAGUGAACGUCGGGAGACCCCGCCUGUCGCCAAAGCUUCCAAACUGAGACUUAAACACAAGCUGGCGGCCAUUUUUACUAUUCUCUACAUAAUCGAACAGUUCUUCAUGCCUUACUCCCACUUCAUCACACAGGGUUACAACAACUGGACCAAUGGCUUGUAUGGCUACUCGUGGGACAUGAUGGUUCACUCCCGCAGCCAUCAGCAUGUUAAGAUCACCUACAAAGAUGGGAAAACUGGAGAAAUUGGAUAUCUGAACCCUGGGGUGUUCACCCAAAGCCGUCGCUGGAAGGACCACGGAGACAUGCUCAAGCAGUAUGCCACGUGCCUCAAUCACUUCCUGCCCCGCUAUAAUAUCACUGAUGCUGAAAUCUACUUUGACAUCUGGGUGUCCAUCAAUGAACGCUUCCAGCAAAGGAUCUUUGAUCCCCGUGUGGAUAUUGUGAAAGCUGAUUGGUCGCCUUUCGAACCAAACGCAUGGCUGAUGCCUCUCCUGGUGGACCUCUCACCUUGGAGGCACAAGUUCCAGGAGAUUGAGGGCAGCUUGGACAAUCAGACCGAGAUCGUCUUCAUCGCUGACUUCCCAGGUCUCCAUUUAGAAAACUUUGUUAGUGAAGAUCUGGGCAACACCAGCAUCCAUGUACUGCAGGGCCAAGUGAACGUCGAGGUAGUGGAGGAGAAAAAGAACUACACUCUUCAGCCUGGUGAGAAGAUGAAGGUGCCUGCUGGGGCUUACCAUAAGGUGUACACGGUAUCUGAAGACCCAUCUUGCUACAUGUACAUCUACGUCAACACCACAGAGGCGGCGCUACAGGAGAACUUCACCAAGCUGUUUGAGCUCCAGGAGCGCGUUCGCAACGGGACAGAAACUGAGCCGCUGCCUCCUGAGCUGCAGCCCCUUAUCGCCGCAGAAGAUGACGACGUCAACGCCACCGACCCGAUUGUGCAGCUGUUCCUGAAGAGGCAGCGGCGCAUGAAGGAGGUGAAGAAACGCAGGGAGGCUGGCGUGCUGGAGCGGCUGGAGCGCUUUGCAGUGAAAAAGUACUAUACCAUACGGAGGGGAUUCUUGAUGACAGCCAUUGCUAUGAGGAACCUGGCGGUGGGUCUCCCUCCUCUUGAGCAGCUGACAAGAGAAGUUGCCUUCGCCAACAUGAAAGCACCUCAGGCUGACGGCAGCCAGGACGAACGACUGAAAGAUGAAGUCGGUCAUGGAGAACUUUAAAGCUGCCGUUGGGACCAUAGAUACUCUGUUGAAUUGCCUCCAGGUGCUGGAUCACACAUUCCAAACGUGUGUGUGUGUGUGGGUGCUACUACUGGACCAUUACUGGGACAUCGCUGCCCAGAACUCAAAGGAUUUUUAAUUUUCUAUGCUUUCCAUCCUUCCAGGUACAAAGCCAGUAUUUUGUGAUACCGUUUGUUUACAAAUCUAAAUUCAUGCAGAGGACAUGUUUCUGUUGUAGCUGCAGCAAAACUAGAAUACUGUUCACUGCUUUGCUGUGCAAGAUUACAUUUCCUGUUUGUUUCAUUCAGCUUAGGAAUUUUAUAAUUGCAAUUAUGGCUGGGCGAUAUGACCAAAUAGAAAUAUUGUGGCAUUGACAAGUAAUGAGAAAUGCUCUAUGACAGAUGAGGCCUGCUUUAAAUGAUCUGCUGGAAGAUCAUAUUUCAAAUAUGCCAAACUACUACACUUUUAUGCUUCUUUGUUUUUGAAUGAAAAUGUAUGAGCAUGUUACUGAAUGGUUUUAAGUUUUAAGUGAACCGAUUAUGCCGAACAAGCUUGCGUGAACAGGAUCAGGAUGGUCGAUACCUCCUCAGUCUGUUGGUGUUUUUCGCCAGCUCUAAUUUCAGUAAUUCUAGUUGAAUCAAGCACAUUUUCAAACUCACAGUAGGAUAUGAGGAGGUUUAACCUCCAGGAAGGACACUUCUCUGAACAUUUAUGCUAAUCCUGCAAUGUGAGAAACACUGACAGAAAUAUGAAGCAGUUGUCAGCUUGUCAAUCGACAGCCUUUUCUAGUUACUUUUCUAAUAAAGAGCUAAUGAUA